UCGAUGGCUUAUCACCAAUAAGUUAUCCAGCACACGGAGUUUACGUCAGGCCGAUGCGUUCUGUUUGGCUCAAAGGGAUUCGAGUGGAGCUAUUCAAUAUCAGUGAUGUUCGCAGCAACAAGCAAAUGGAGUUUCAGAUAAAUGCUACCAGAGGAAGAUUCCAACUGGCUGGGCGUGUACGAGGGGUAUACGUCAACGGAAUUGGUGCCAACACACUAACCAUCUCGACACGGAGUCCAUCCCUGCUAAAUCUCCAGCUAAAGUACAUCGUGUAUAGAAAUACAGAGUUUGACGCCAACAUCGUUGACUUCGCUAAAAUUCGUUUUUCGGAGACAACUGUGACCAUACCAAUACAUAUUCAACAUUUACAACUGCCCUGGCUGUUUAUCGAAGGAAAAGGCCAGAUUCAGGAUAGAGUGACUGUUGCUGUCAAGACAUUUCUUCGUUAUAGUAGACUUCGAAAUGCAAUUAAAGCUGUUGAUCAACUGUACCCUGGGACAAGAAUAGUUGUUGCUGAUGAUACACCUGACCACCUAUUCACUAGUUUCCAAAGUAGCAACGUGGACCACUUUAGGAUGCCAGCAUAUACGGGUUAUUUUGCUGGCCGAAACCUUGGAUUAUCCCAAGUAUCGACUGAAUACUUUUUCUACCAAGAUGAUGAUAUGAUGAUCACAGAAGAAACAAAGCUAGGCAUGCUCGUAUCAUUUCUGGAUAAUACCAAUUUUCACCUUGUGAGCGUAGCUGUUGCAGGUCACUUAUUUGCUACGACCUUGGAUAUUUUUGGAAACAAGUCCCGAACCUGCAUUGACCAAAAGACAGACCCUGGAUAUUACAUGGCAGUCAAAAACUUUCCUGGGUUCUAUGCAAAUGAUGUCGGACUGAAUGCAUUUCUUGCUUCUACCAAUGAAGUGAAAGCUGUCGGAUUUGACCCACAUCCCGCAUUGGCACGAUUGGGACACGGAGAGUUUUUUCUAUCUGCUCUUGGAAGGCUCCGGAUAGCCGCUUGUGAGAUUUGCUCAAUUCGCCACAUGAAGAGAGGAUUCGAUGCUGGAAACUACACCUCGGGAGAUCAAGAACUUCUCGGCCUCACCUAG